AUGGCGUCCUCCGUCGCCCAGAAGCGCCUUUUCCACGAAUACAAGAACCUCUCCACCAACCCACCAGAGGGUAUCACUGCAGGCCCCGUCUCCGAGGAUGACAUGUUCCAUUGGGAAGCCCUGAUCCAGGGCCCCGAGGAAAACCCCCUUCGAGGGCGGCGUUUUCGCAGCGGAGCUGAAGUUCCCCAGAGACUACCCCCUGAGCCCGCCGACUAUGAAGUUCAUUGGAGGUGGUUCUACCCUAACGGAACCGUCUGCAUCUCUAUCCUUCAUCCCCCCGGCGAUGACCCAAACCACUACGAACACGCAUCGGAGCGCUGGUCGCCCAUCCAGAGCGUGGAGAAGAUCCUCAUCUCCGUUAUGAGCAUGCUUGCCGAGCCCAAUGACGAGAGCCCGGCCAACGUUGAGGCUGCUAAGAUGUGGCGCGAGCGGAGACCUGAGUACGAGCAGAAGGUCAGGGACGAGGUGAAGAAGGGUCUGGGUCUGUGA